GAGACGUGCUUGUGUGACCCCAGCCUCGCGAGGGCGGCUCGGUGUCGUCGCCACUGGCCUCGGGAACCUGCCUAGGGAGGUGGCCCGAGGGCAAGGAAGGGAAUGUAUGGGUUGGGGACGCUGAGAUGCUUAUUUGGGGCCCAUCUCAGACGUUUCUGAAUCGUUUGGAUUCCCGAAUAUAAAUGGGAGAUUAGCAGGCGCUAUUCUUGGGGCAAGAGGCGUCAAGCUGGGGAAGGUUGAUCCAAACGAGGCCCCGUACAGGCUAUGGAGACUGUCUAGAAUAGUGAGAACCAGCUUCUUAUUACCUCGGUCUACAAACAGAGCCAGACGGAGGCCUUGCUCUGUGACUUCGAGUCCGGAAAAAAGUUAAAAUGUAAAGUUAAAGUUAAAAUGUAAAUCAAUAAAGAAGGAAGAUAUCUGCAAGUAAGACGAUAAUACCGGAUGAAGUGGUAGAAGAUAGGAGGAGGGCCACUCUAAUCGGGUAGAGCUCUUCAUAGAAGGCCGGGUUUCACAGAGUUGCGAGAAAAAAGAGAAGCCAGGGAACGGACUUUCUAGGUGGAAAAAAGAGCCAACGGAAAGGGUUUUGAGAAAGGAAACGGCGAGAAAGCCAGGUGGCUGGAGCAAAACACAAGGGCCAAAGUGGUCUGUGGUGGCGAAUUGGCAGGGCCUGAUCAAGAACAGCAUUUUAGCCCAAGUGGGUCUGAGGAUGACAACAGCAACACGACAAGAAGUUCUUGGCCUCUACCGCAGAAUUUUCAGGCUUGUGAGGAAAUGGCAGGCGGCAUCAGGGCAGAUGGAAGACACCAUUAAAGAAAAACAGUACAUAUUAAAUGAAGCCAGAACACUGUUCCAGAAAAACAAAAAUCUCACAGACACAGAACUGAUUAAACAGUGUAUAGAUGAAUGCACAGCCAGGAUUGAAAUUGGACUGCAUUACCAGAUUCCUUAUCCACGGCCAAUUCAUCUGCCUCCAAUGGGCCUUACCCCACUACGAGGCCGGGGACUUCGAAGCCAGGAAAAACUGAGGAAACUUUCCAAACCAGUAUAUCUCAAGUCUCAUGAUGAGAUUUCCUAACCCAGAAGAAAAUUUAUUGCUCAGAAUGAUGAGCCGACUAGGUCUUGAAUGUAAACCAGAUGACAAAACCCUUCUCUUUGAUAGGGGCAAAAAUUUAAAUAUCUUCUUAAAAACCUAUAAAAUCUUGGUCUUCGCCCCACGAUCUAUGUUCACUCAUCCUGAUACUUCAUCAGGGUUUUCUCAUCUAUAAUUAUCUAAUUCUAAUUAUUAUCAAUUCCUAAUUGCCCAAAGUGGAUGACACUAACCAUACAGGUAGAUAGGUCAUGGACCUUACACCCUCACUGAAUCAUCAUUUGGAAACAAGACCAAGGCCUGUAGAAGGAAGACAAAGAUGACAAAGCUUUUCAUGGAAAUGUCAUUCGCCAGUCAUGCCAGCUGAUAUGAAGAAAUCAGCCAGCUGCUGAAAGUCCUCACAGCUACCAUAAAACUAUAUACCACCAGAAUUUUUUUGCCCCCCUCCCCCCGAAUUUUUGCUUAAAAAACAAAGGUUUGCUUAAAAGUGGGCUUCUUUGUGUAUGUUUUGUUGUUUUGAUUAUCCUAAUUUCCAGAUAAACAACCCUUAAAAAGUGUAUUAUUGAACUGAUUGUGAUUUUUCAUGGAAAUUUUACAUGAGACCCAUCCCUGCCCCAACAUAUACAUACACAAAAGUACUUGUCUUAGGUAAAUGUGUAUGUUUACUUUAUCUUAAAGCCUGUGAUUACUUAGGAUGGGUUUAGGAUCCCAAAGGCUUACUUGAAUCUCAUACUGCAUUCAUUAUGAGUAUUUUAUCUUAACAUAAUUAGAAAGUACAAAAGCCAAGCUUGUUUUCAAAUUAUGUCCAAACAGAAAUGGCACAAAGAGAAAUCAAAACACAAAGGAUUUAUACUCCUGCACGUGUGGAAUCCCAUGGCAAUUCAUAUGUACCUCAUUAUCAUUCCUACUGACCUCUGAAGAGGAUGAGCAUCACCAAUAAAAAAGUUUUAUCAA